GGGGCGGUAAUGCACAUUUAAGCUGAUUUAUAUGCGCAAAUGAAUCCGUCGAGGAAGAAACCGAACAACAAGGCCUGGGACUAGAUAGCUGUUGCUAACGGUGCUAACACGAGAAAGCACACAGCUUUGGCAGAAGCAGUCAGCAUGGCGACUCCAGUGCCCGUACUCCGCCUGCCCAAAGGACCUGACCCCAACAGCCGUGGAUUUGACCCCAACUCGCCCCGCUUCAUCGCUCUCUGCCGAACCUCCAUUUCCUCCUCAGCAGCUUCAGAUACCGACAGCGAGCAGCUGCAGAAAGAGCAGGAUGCUCGAUCUGUGCUGAGAGAGGGCUUCCUCCGGUGCUUGCUCUCCAUGACCAACAAGAAGGUUCAGUUCCAGAUGUAUGAGAAUGUGAAGGUGGAGGCCACAUUUGGGGCAUCAGAUAUUGACGUGCUGAACUUUCAGGUGUCUGACCUGCACACUCCCAUUGGUGUGCAGAAAGAGGCUCUAAUCAGAUGUCAGGAUGUGAUAUCAUUCACCUUUGAUGUAUAAACAUGUUGCUUUUGUGUGUGCGGUGGACUGGAUUAUAUGCUAGUGAUUUGACUGCAUUCAACAAGCAGUCCCACUGUUUCAACACAAGAGGGAGUCGCGUGCCUUUGUGUCAAGAGGUAGCCAUCCCAACCUGAUGGCAGAGUUUAGUGGUUGCUCCAGAGCUCAAUGAUACUCUCAAAUAUCAGAAGUGCCACUAGUGGUUUCAUAAUAAGUCUCAACAAAUGCUUGAGGUAGAGGCUGUAACAGUCUGCAAAGUUAAAGAAGUGCAAAACUUCAAAGAUAAUGCAGCUUUUUGAGGUCAGUGAAUCCUGCCAGAUGUCACCUGACAUUUAGCCUCAGUAUCAUGUUUAUGAACAGGUUUCCUGUCUCAGUUAAACAUCAGAGUUGGAUAUGUACAAACAUGUUACUGCUGUACUGGUGCUGGAGUUGUGAAAUUGCCUCAUUCAAUUUAACUGAAUGUGGUAUAUAAAUUAUUGCACUUAAAAGAAACACUUUUGUAUUCUCUGUGAAAGUGAUCAGGACUGUGUGGCAAAAUGUUAUUUUUUUGCAAAAUAAAAUGUUUAAAGAAAUAACUGGUAAAUAUUCAUGUUUAAUGAAAAGCUCAAUUUCAAAAGCCACUCUUGAAUCGAGCUCUUUUCCUAAAGUGGGCUCAUUAAACUCUUCCUUUUGGCAUUGU